AUGAGUUCCAAGGUGGUUUGUGUGGCCCGCGGCACAGAUGAUGUGGAGAGUGCCUUUAAUCAGCUGGAUGAAACGCAGGUACAACUAGUCUACACGAAGUUUCCUGUGGGUACUGGGAGCUUUAGGCGCAACAAGUUUAUCUACAUCAUCUUCAUCGGCCCCAAGUGUGGUGUAGUGAAGCGUGGAAAAGGCAUUGAGGAGAUUAAUCUUUUUAAAAAUCUCCUCCAUGCCGCCGCCGGGGUUUCAACAACGGAAAAGUCUGCACUUUCCCUUGCCUUCGUAGUUCAGCAGAUGCGCAAGGUGUUCGUCACCGACGCUGGCAACGUCUCCCUGGAAAAGAUACAGGAGGAAUAUAAGCGUUGCAUAAAGGAACAGCAACGUAGCAUGCAUCAAGAUUUACCGCCCGCACGGCCAAAAGCACGGCCGAGAACACGACCACCACCCGCGCCUGUCUCGCACCCUUCUUCGGACGAGGACGAGGACGAGUACGAGAUGCCAAGCUUCACCUCCGCCCAAAUUAGCAACACCCCCUGUGAGGUGGACAGCAACACAAGGAAAGUUCUUGACGCCCUUCACAAGGAGCUUGGUCCAUUGAAUUGGGCUAUCUUUGAGGCCAACCCAUUGCGUUUAACGCUUGCUGGUGCCGGUAACGGGGGCAUUUUUGAGCUUGUGAAGCACCUGCCGGCACCAAAGUGGCUCUUUGGUCUCUUCCGCAUAACGCUUGGCGCGACGGAGGAGCGCCAAUCGCGGUUGAUCUUCUUUCAGUGGAUAGGCAACAAGCUGCGGGUGGUGCGCGAGGGGCCCACCACGCACAUAUUCCCAAAAAUGGCCUCCAUUCUAGCGCCGUAUCAGUAUGAGAUGUACCUUGUCGGUUCUCAGGACCUGAACACGCAGGCGAUCAUCAAUAAGUGCCGACUCGCUUUUUCGGAUAUUGGGGUGCACAAGCCACCUCUGGUGACGGCUGAGGCCCUGCGUGACAUGAAAACAAGACUGCGCCAGGUCAACUCCACCUUCACGGAGGAGGAAUACCGCGCCAUAUUGGAGGAGGAGCGGAGCAAAAUGGAUCUUAACUUUGACUUUGUGCGCCCAAGGAAGAAGCGGGGUUCGUGGCCGUUCGUCGAAAAAAGCAGCAGCCAUACCAAAGUGGGGGAGGACCGUGUCUUUGACACCAAGGAGACACUUGACCUCAUCGAUCAGAGCGAAGGUGGACUUGUUUGGGGCAUAUUUGAGGCCCGUGUUUGA